AUUACAUCGCUAUUGUUAAUAUUUGCUACACUUGCGGCGAAAUUUGCAACUUUAAUUUAUUUAGACAAACACCAAACAGUUAUUUGUAUCCGGUUAUACAAUUGUAAACAGCUUCUAUUUUAUUGCUGUCAAGACGACAAACACCUAUCUUCCCCAUCCUUUUAACCGCCGGCGACGCACGACGGCUUGCGAACUGUUUCUUUUUUUCCCCCGUGCAUUUUGGUCAAGAUGUCGAAAAAUAAACUAAACUUAGUGCUGCCGCCGGUAAAUGUGGAUGCAGCUGUUGCCACCACACAGGUGGCACCAACACCGCCAUUCAAAACGCCAUCGGGAACAGACUUGCUGGGAAAGCCAAAAGCAUCGAGCAUCGAUGCAUUGACCGAAACGUUGGAGGGCCUGGACAUGGACGACACCGAACGCAAGCGAAUCAAAGUGUUCCUCAGUCAGAAGGAGAAGAUCGGCGAACUGUCCGAAGAGGAUCUGGAAAAGUUGGGUGAACUCGGCUCCGGCAAUGGCGGCGUUGUGAUGAAAGUGCGACACACCCUCACAAAUCUGAUAAUGGCGCGGAAACUCAUCCAUCUGGAGGUGAAACCAGCGAUCAAGAAGCAAAUCCUGCGCGAGCUAAAAGUCCUUCACGAAUGCAAUUUUGCGCACAUUGUUGGCUUCUAUGGUGCCUUCUAUAGCGAUGGUGAGAUAAGCAUUUGCAUGGAAUACAUGGACGGCGGCUCCCUCGAUCUCAUCCUAAAGCGAGCCGGCCGCAUACCCGAAUCGAUACUCGGACGCAUCACGCUAGCGGUGCUGAAGGGACUCAGCUAUCUGCGCGACAAGCAUGCGAUCAUCCAUCGGGAUGUUAAGCCAAGCAAUAUACUCGUCAACAGCAGCGGCGAGAUCAAAAUCUGUGAUUUUGGCGUUUCGGGUCAGCUUAUUGACUCGAUGGCCAACUCAUUUGUUGGCACGCGCAGCUACAUGUCGCCGGAACGAUUGCAGGGCACUCACUAUUCGGUACAGUCCGACAUUUGGUCUCUGGGCUUGUCGCUAGUUGAGAUGGCAAUCGGAAUGUAUCCAAUCCCGCCGCCGGAAGCCUCUGCGCUGGAGACCAUAUUUGCUGAGAAUGCCAAUGAAGAUGGCAGCCAAGCGACGCUAGAGCCCAAAGUGAUGGCAAUAUUCGAGCUGCUCGACUAUAUUGUUAACGAGCCGCCACCUAAGCUGGAACACAAGAUAUUCUCCAACGAGUUCAAGGACUUUGUCGACAUAUGCCUCAAAAAGCAGCCGGACGAGCGUGCCGAUCUCAAAACAUUACUGAGCCAUGCAUGGAUACGCAAGGCGGAGGUGGAAGAUGUCGACAUAUCGGGAUGGGUGUGCAAGACAAUGGAUUUACCACCAUCGACGCCAAAACGCAAUACCUCGCCCAACUAAUUGGCAUUCCUUUAUUUCACGCGCACGCACUCAAUACACAUACUAAACGUACACAUGCAUAAUAAGUACUCACGUUCAUUAUUUAUAUGUUGUUGCAUAUGUGUGUGCUAUAUUAUACUUGUUGUAACAACUUGCUCCUCCCCGUCCUCCUCAACACACUCUUUGUUAUAUUUCUUUCUUGCGCUUUGUGUGGAUACUUCUGCUAUAUCUGGCUUUUAAAAUCAAUCAAUCAAGCAAAAAAUGGACAAAGCAGAGCAAAGAGAAUAAAUUAAAUACAACUAAUAUUUAAAUGAG